AUGAGUUCAUGGUUGUACACCAGUUUAGAACAUAUCAUUGACCGUCACUUUAUCGAACUAACGGAAAGUGUAGCCAUUUUGGCAAAUGCCUUCGACCCAUACGCUGGACCAUUUGGAUUCCUGACCGACAGACAUGGACUGCAGCUCAAAUGUAGAUUUUCUAGAUCUUGUCCGGAAAAAACCGUAUGCUACCAAGGGGUCUGUGCUUUAGCUUUCAAUCCCUGUAAAGUCAAAACGCCACUUUUAACUAGAAGACAGACACUUGUCAAGUGUUCGUCUGGAUCCGCCUGUCCCCGUGGGUACGACUGUGUGACGAUAAAAGGGAUGUCAUUAUCCGUCUGCUGCUCCAGUAAGUCAAAAAUCCAAGAUCAAAACAGAUUACUUUACGGGUGCCUGUACGACUGUAAAUGCCCCACACGCCCUGUCUGUAGAAAACCACACAGUUACUGCAAGGUAUCCUACCACUUCACGAAGGUCGGUGCAAAACUUUGUCCUGUCCGCUGUAAGUACAGGUGCUCCUUUCCUCCUGUUCCAAAAUGUCCGGUUGCAAGUGGAGCGCACGGGAAGUUGUGUCAUCCACGGUAUAUCUACACCACGAUCAAAGGUCACCGGUGCCCGGUCAAAUGUGUGUUGGACUGCCACUGUCCCCCACUUCCGAAGUGUACCACACCGCCGCAAACGAAAGGAUUCGGUCAGCUGUGUUACGAAAAAUACAUCUACAAAAAGAUAAAUAAGAAGAAUUGCGCUAUCAAAUGUAAAACGGUAUGUGUUUGUCCACCACGCCCCUCAUGUAUAACUAAACACAAGGGACGACACUGUCAGAGAACUUACCAAUACAAGAAGAUCAAUGGCAAAAAGUGUCCGGUCAAAUGUACUUCUAAAUGCUUUUGUCCCCCACCGCCGCAAUGCCCUCCUAUUUCAAAAGAAAGGUUAUGUCGUCCUGUGUAUGAAUACCAGAAGAGGUUCGGUAUACGAUGUCCUGUCAAAUGUAAAAUUCAAUGUGGCUGCUCUCCUGCUCCUAAAUGUCCAAAGUCGCCCAAAGGGGAAGAAAACCUGUGCUCUCCCGUUUAUGCGUAUACGCACAUCGAUGGUUUAAGAUGCCCUGUAAGGUGUCGGCUGAGAUGUAGGUGCCCGCCACUUCCAAAAUGCCCACCCCAGAAACCAGAGAAGGCCAAACUUUGUAAACCUCUGUACACGUAUAAAGAAAUUCAGGGCAAAACUUGUGCCAUAAAAUGUCAGUUGGUCUGUAGAUGUCCCCCAGCCCCAAUAUGCAAACCAGUCGAGGGUCGAUACGCCAAAUUCUGUAAACCUAAUUAUACUUACAAAACAAUACAAGGAAACAAGUGCCCCGUUAAAUGUGAAAACAAAUGCGAAUGCCCACCUAUUCCGAAAUGCCCAUCUUUAACUAAAUAUGGAAAAUAUAAGAAAUUUUGUCAAAGAAUCUUUAUAAGUACAAAAAUAAACGGAAUCCCUUGCCCAGUGAAAUGCACUAUUAAAUGUCAAUGUCCCCCACUUCCCAAUUGUCCUCCAUUAAAGAAACCUAAAUAUGGUGUCUGUUCCCCGGUCUAUAGUUAUCAGGAAAUCAAUGGUCUGACGUGCGCUGUUAACUGUACAAAUACUUGUCGCUGUAAUCCUUUCCCCAAGUGUCCCCAAAUCGAAGAGGACUCAAACCACCUGUGCAGAACAAGGUACGUCUUUUCCAAGCCAGACCAAGGUCUCAGUUGUCCCAUUAAGUGUGUAUUGGAAUGUCGUUGUCCGCCACUUCCGAAGUGUCCACCACUUCCAGAACAUAAAGUCUACAAGAAUUUAUGCCGUCACAACGUUCAAUACAAAGCGUUUAACAAAAAACGAUGUGCAGUCAAUUGUUCCAUCGAUUGCCACUGUCCACCUUUACCCAAACUUCCAAAAGUAAUUCCCAAAAAUUGUCAUCUCAGAUAUAUAUAUGACAACAUCAAUCACCUGCUUUGUGCUGUAAGGUAUAAACUGAUAUGUUUGUGUCCAAAACAUCCCAAAUGUCCCGUCAUUAAGCAGAAUCCAAAGUACGGGAAUCUGUGUGUAAACCAGAUUACCUACAAGAUGAUUGGGAAGAAGAAGUGCCCCGUUAAGUGUUCCACGACCUGUAGCUGUCCUCCCAUGCCACGAUGUCCGCCACUCGGUCAGGGAUUGUGUCAACCCGUCUACAAGUACGAAAAGAUCAAUGGUCUGACCUGUGCAGUGAGCUGUAACGUCACAUGCCGCUGUCCACCUGUUCCAAAAUGUCCACCACUCCCUACAAAUUCCACAAUCGCAAAGCAAUGUCACCCUACCUAUGUUUUCGCGAAGGUGUACGGUCAACUUUGUCCUGUAAGAUGCAAUGUAGACUGUUACUGUCCUCCUGCUCCUACAUGUCCAAAAAUAUUGGAGCAAAACAAAGAGACUUGCAGUCCUAAGUACGAAUACCAGAAUAUCCAAGGGGUCCUCUGUCCCAUUAAAUGCGAAGCUGAAUGCGGAUGUCCAAAUUUCCCCAAAUGCCCCUCACUUCAAAAGUAUAAAGGUCUUGAAGACUUCUGUCGAUAUAAAUAUACAUAUAAAAAGAUUCACGACAAAGAGUGUGCAGUCAAAUGUGAUGUAAAAUGCACUUGCCCGCCAUUCCCAAAAUGCCCUAAAAUUGGAAAGGCCAACAGGCGCUUGUGUAAAUAUGUAUAUAGGUAUAAAACCAUCGGGGGUAGGAAUUGUGCUUACAAGUGCGACAGGAUUUGCCAUUGUCCCCCCAAACCAAAAUGUCCACCCAUGAAAACCUACCCCAAGUAUAAGAAUAUCUGUACCUAUGACUACCACUAUAAAUAUAUACACGGCAUCAGAUGCCCUGUAAAGUGCAAUAUUGGAUGCUUCUGUCCCACUUUACCAAAAUGUCCGGACUUACCAAAAACUCCUGGGUACAAAAGUUUGUGUCAAUACAAUUUUGUCUUUAAGAACAUAAAUGGUCGUAUCUGUCCCAUUAACUGUAAGGUCAAAUGCAACUGUCCAAAAUUGCCAAAAUGUCCGAAAAUCCCCAUUUACAAGGGAUACCCUGGAAUCUGCCAGAAAGUUCUCAUGCACAAAACCAUUAAUGGUCUCCACUGUGCGUUAUCCUGCAGAAUCAAAUGCAAGUGUCCUCCCAAACCCAAGUGCAAGCAUCCACAGCACUGUCAUGUUACGUACAAAUAUCAGGAGUUCAAAGGCGUCAAAUGUCCCGUGAAGUGUGUCUAUAAUUACGAGCAAGGAUACGGACCACAUCACAAAAACAUCCCCCUUCAUGUAGAGUUUGGUCAUCAUAUAUUUGACCAUGGAGGAUAUGGGUAUGGUCAUCAUACUUAUCAUGAACACACCGGGCAUGGUCAUAACUCAGAGCAUGGGCAUGGCGAUAGUGGACACUUUGGACAAAGGGAUGGUCAUCCUGACAAUUACAAUCCUUGGGGUCACUUCUUCAGGAAGUAA